AUGGCACAGAUAAGCACAAGGUGGCGCUGCCACAAAUCUACAAACAAAACCUCUUACCCAGUACGUGAGUGCCUGGCCUGGACCGGGAAGAAUGCCACAAUGACAAGCAAAAGCCGUUCCGAAUAUGCCCCUUUGCUGGGGAAGGAUUUGGAAGAUCCACCGUCCCCAUCGGCUGAGGCCCCACCAAUAGCCAGGCCACAGUUGGUGUGCACCUAUAUCAUUGAAAAUACGCUGUCAAUGUACAUGGUCUCAAAUGUUCUCACCCUCCCUAUAAAUCAGUUCUAUGUGUACAACGAGGUCGCCAAAUCAUAUGGAAUCCCUAACUACAUCCAAAAUGAGGAUGCCAGUAUUUGUGAUCAAAAGAAUGACUCAGAAGCCGCAGACGUCCUCAAUAACAUUCAAAAAGAAGCAUCAGAACAGCUCAUGUACAUGUCUUUUCUCAGUAGCUUUACAGCUGUCAUUCCAACUUUCUUCCUUGGUUACACAUCAGACAGGUUCGGGAGAAAGGUCUCAUUUCUGAUUACCUUAAUAGGGCUAUUUUUACACCAGCUUGUGUACAUCAUUGUGUUUUACCUUGAAGCCCCUCUGCCAUACCUUUACAUUGGGUGUGCUCUGGAGGGUGUAACUGGUUACAUGUCCUGUGCCUUGAUGACAGCGUUUAUCAUGCUUGCGGAUGUCACCUCACCUGGAAAGCAACGUGGGUUCAGGAUAGUGUUAACGGAGGGAAUUAUGGCAUCAUCUGCAUCAUUAGCAUUCAUGGGAGGGGGGUUCUUGAUCAAAUACUCUGGUUUCCUCAUCCCUAUGCUGUGUUCUACUGCGCUUUGUAUGGUCACCAUCCUCGUAUGGCUAGUGGUGGUACCGGAAACAAGGCCAUUCCGGGAGAACCACAAUCAUCAUGGGAUGAGUCUCAACAGUAUCAAGAGGUGCUUUGUAUUUUACUACGAAAAAGCAUCACCGAAUAGAAGAGGUAAAAUGUCAGUUGUUCUGGUCAUUCUAGUCAUGGCAGCCACAUGUUUUGUGUCAAAAAGCAAUGUGGUGACUCUAUUCCUGUUAGGUCAGCCAUUUUGUUGGUCAGAGGUCCACAUCACUGUAGUUAGCUCACUUCAGAUUCUCAUCAACUGGAUAGCAGGGAUUUCGUUUCUCCGGUUGAUACAGCGUGUGCUGCGAGAUGUGAGCCUACUAUCCUUCGGCUGUUUCAUGGGGAUGGUUGCCAUGAUUCCCUUAGCCCUUGCCCAGCAGAACUGGAUGAUCUAUCUAUAUAUGGUGAUAGCCUCAUUUUCCGUUCUUGUUCUUCCAAUUUCAAGGUCCAUCUUGUCUAAGAUGGUUUCACCUGAAGAACAAGGGUCCUUGUUUGCGGGGAUAGCAGCCAUGGAACAUCUUGUGACAGGGUGCGGUGGACUGUUGUUUGGAGAGAUAUACAAAGAUACUGUGACAUUCUUCCCCGGAUUGGUUUUCUUUGUCAUAGCAGGAUUAGUAUUGCUUUCAUUGAUUCUGUCGGG